CAUUGCCCAGCCUCUCUUUGCUACUUGUAUCACCAAUCCGUUUACUCUUCUUCGUCAAUUUCUUUCCUUCCUUCUACGCGCACUCUCUGGGGAGCAACCUCAUACUGCGACAAUGGUGAACAACAAGGAGAAUCAGCCUACGCUCGACGCUCAAACUUCCAAGAAGGCCAAUGCUCCUACCAAAAGCACUACAGCAGGGACCUUCACUGCCACCGCCGGCUCGAGUGGAAUUCCCCGUGCUGAGUUGCUCAAUUAUUUGAAGGCCUUGAUGGAUGUGAACCGCCGUCUCAAACUCCAGCUAGAAGACUCGGAGAAGGAACAAAAAAAAACCUUCGUGACCAGCUGACAGAAUCUCUGGCCCAUCAGGAAAUCCUCAAAUCCCAGCUUGAAUCAGUGACGGAAGAGCACAAGAAGAGUCUCGCAGACCAGUCCAAGGAAAACAAAGACUUGCGUGAUCAGAUCCACCAGAAAGCUGAUUGUAUCCAGGAACUUGUCGACCAAUUUGUUCGCGCGACCCAGGCCCAGGCCCCAAUUGGAGAGUGGGGUGAAGAUGACAUGGCUGGAUGCUGUAGCGGAUGAAGUUGCGCCAAUUUGCUAUGCUCUCUCAAAUGACGACGAAGAAGCGGGUUCCGAGUAGAUGGCUUCCCAAAAAGGAAGACGACUCAGAGUUGGAUACGUGUACUUGCGGGCUGUUGAAGAGGGGGGAUCUUUACAACGGAUUGGUGCCAGUGGACGAGCACUCCUGCCUGCGUGGACAUGGAUGAUUUGGUGGUGCUUUGGAAAGAAAAAGUCUGUAGAUACUUCACCACGCUAGCUCGACCCCCAACAGGUUGGUUGAUGGCCCAUGGACUAUAGGAUGCGCACUCUUUCGUUGUCUUGACAGCGUGCUGUGUAAAGGUGGUAUCCGUACCGGUACUAGUAGCCUCAGUUUCGAGAUCCUAUCUUCCGUACCGGUAGUGGUGCUCCAGUCACAGUAUGUACUGUUGCCGAUGGAGUUCUUGUUCUUUACUCGCCGACUUGUGUUUGUUGUUGUUGUAUAGCUCUUGUUGUUGCCAAUGGAAAACGUCAGAUAUGAGGCUCAGUGCUCUCUUACUCGUUGACUUUCCGGUGGAGUUCUCUUGCUUGUCGACUAUGAUGGUCAGUGCUCAAAAACAGACGGAAUGAUCGGUACCGUACUUUCGGUGGCUUGUUCCUCGUUGAGCAACACCAUCUGGGACCCUCAUAGAUUACGUUUCGGAAAGGAAGCCUCGUUCCGACUCUGCCUUGCUGAAGGCACUACCCAUCUACCUAGCUAGUAGAGAAGAAAGAA